CGGGCCCGUUCCCUUUGCUAGCAAGCAUGGAGUUCGCCGAGCUGAUCAAGACCCCUCGGGCGGACAACGUCGUCCUGCACCGCCCUUUCUACCUGGCCGUGGAGGGGACUCUCUGUUUGACCGGCCAUCACCUCAUUUUUUCUUCACGGCGUCAAGACAACGCUGAGGAGCUGUGGCUGCUGCACUCCAACAUCGAUUCUAUUGAAAAAAGGUUUGUGGGCUCAUUGGGCACCAUCAUCAUAAAAUGCAAAGAUCUGCGAAUUAUUCAGCUGGAUAUACCUGGAAUGGAGGAGUGUUUGAACAUCGCUAGCUCUAUCGAGGCGCUUUCCACCUUGGAUUCUGUCACUCUCAUGUAUCCCUUCUUCUACCGGCCCAUGUUUGAAAUCAUUGAAGAUGGCUGGCGCUCUUUUCUGCCUGACCAAGAAUUUGAGCUCCUCAGCUCAGUGACAGAUGAAUGGCGUCUAAGCUGCAUCAAUAAGGAAUUCUCUGUCUGUCCCUCCUACCCUCCGGUUGUCGUCGUCCCCAAAUCCAUCGAUGAUGAAGCGCUUCGGAAAGUUGCCAUGUUUCGCCAUGGCAGUCGCUUCCCAGUCCUCAGCUAUUAUCAUAAGAAGAAUGGGAUGGUCAUGAUGCGAAGUAGCCAGCCUCUUACGGGUACGAAUGGGCGACGGUGUAAAGAAGACGAGAAGCUUAUUAACGCCACGCUACGGCCUGGCAAGCGUGGCUACAUCAUUGAUACGAGGUCCUUGAAUGUUGCCCAGCAGGCCAGGGCCAAAGGAGGGGGCUUUGAACAAGAAGCGCACUAUCCCCAGUGGAGGAGGAUUCACAAAUGUAUUGAGAGGUUUAAUAUUCUGCAGGAAAGCCUCAUCAAACUUGUGGAAGCUUGUAAUGACCAGUCGCACAAUAUGGACCGCUGGCUCAGUAAACUGGAAGCUUCCAACUGGCUGACUCAUAUCAAGGAGAUACUAACUGCGGCUUGUCUAGCUGCUCAGUGUAUUGAUAGGGAAGGUGCAUCAGUGUUAGUCCAUGGGACCGAAGGAACUGAUUCGACACUCCAGGUAACUUCUCUGGCACAGAUUAUCUUGGAUCCAAGGUGCAGGACCAUACGUGGCUUUGAAUCUCUUGUUGUGAGGGAGUGGCUGCAGGCUGGUCACCCUUUUCAGCAGCGCUGUGCCCAAUCAGCCUAUUCAAAUAGCAAGCAGAAAUGGGAGGCCCCAGUGUUUCUCCUCUUUUUGGACUGUGUGUGGCAAAUCCUUCGUCAGUUCCCUUGCUCUUUUGAAUUCAACGAACAGUUCCUCAUCAUGCUCUUUGAACAUGCUUACGCUUCACAGUUUGGGACUUUCCUGGGAAACAACGAAAACGAAAGGUCUAAACUGAAGCUGCCGCAAAAGACUAUGUCCCUGUGGUCCUGGGUGAACCGGUCUGAAGAGCUGAGCAAAUUCCAGAAUCCUCUUUUUGAGGCCAACAGCCUUGUCAUCUGGCCCUCCGUUGCCCCGCAGAGCCUGCAGCUCUGGGAAGGUGUCUUUCUUCGGUGGAACAGGCCUUCCAAGUUCUUAGACGAAGCCCAUGAAGAGAUGAUCAACAUUAUAAAAUACAACAAGGAACUUCAGGCAAAGGUUAAUGCAUUGAGGAGGCAGCUAGCAGAGAUGGAAACAGAUGAUAGGAUGCAGGAGAACCUGUGAGCUGGCAGGGCUUUGCCUCAGGUCUUUCCUUCCCGGUCCCCUUUACGUUAAAGACUAAACAUGGAACGUGCAUGUAUUGCAGAGCCCUCUGGGUACAGCUGACCCUCAGUCCUCCCACUGCUGAAACCUUCACUUCACACUAUAUACCUCCCUGCUUCUUGGGAGGGAUUUUUGUUUUGUUUACAGAAGACAUACACAACUGGGCGUAGUGUCCUCUCUUGGCAGCUUUUCUGUCUCGAAAUUGUGUCAGUGGCAGCAGAAGCGGGAACUCUUACCUCUACCCAACUGUAUGGAUGACCAGGAUGGGCCAAGAGACAGGAUGUUUCCAAUUUAUUUUGGACUUUUUCUGGUUUUGUUGAACUCUCUAAACACUCGGCAGGAUUAAAAUACAAAGUUAUGUAUAGAUAGGUAAAGGCAUUUUGUCUGAAAGCACCUUUUCUCUCCAAGAGUAAGGAAGGCAGCUUAGUUCUUUAGUUUCCUAGAAAAACUAGAAAAUGGUAUAAUCUAACUACAGGUUCUGCCAGUCUAUAUGAUACUCUCAGUAGCCUUCACAUCUAACACUUGGUUUUUUUGUGUUAAGCAUUGGCUUGGGAGCAGUAAGUUGAAUACCAAACCAGAGCAAGAAAUUUCAGUGCAAUACAGAACUGAAGUAAGGAUUCUGCUGCUAAUGUUUAAGCCAUGACCUUCAGGUGGAAUUGUCCCUCAUGGACAAAUACCUCCUAAGGAAUAACAAACUGUUUUAUUUUACCUGGAAAACAAAAAGGUUAAGUAGUUGGCGGAGGUGUGCGCUUGCAAAAACGGUGGCUCAGAGCUGUCCUUCACGCUGCCCUCUUGAAACUUCAGACUGCACUGGCUGGUUUUGUACACUUGAACAGGUUCACAGCAUUGCUAGGGCGCAAGAGCAGCGCUUUAUCUACAGCUCAACGAAACACUUCUGCUCCACCUGGUGCGCUUUUUCCUCUCGUGCUCUUACUUACACAUUUUGUGAAACGUCAAAAGCAGAAGUUGGGAGUUAAGGCGAUCUUAACAUGUCAGGUAGCUGCUGCAGAUUAAGAGGCCGUCACACGACAAAAAUGCUAAUAGGUUAGGUCAUUUGUAGCUGCUAAAACUGCUUAAAGACUUUAGGGAUAAGCUUUUUUCCAAGUAACUUUGUAUUUUGUAGCUGAUCUUUGUGUUUCUGUGACUGCAGUCUGCUUUUAUAAAACCAGAGCUUUUGCUAGAGAUUUUUUUUCUCCUUUAAAAAGGACAGAUAAGAGUGGGUCUGAAAUAUCAACUCACCUAGACACUUGUUCAGCUUGAUUCCAUUGGUAGCUGUACGUGACUGAGCAGACUUGAAUUAACAACGGCGCAUGUGGCUGGGACUAUCUUAAAAAGUGCUUGCUGUUAGCCUGUUUCUACUGAAAUGAAUGGAGCUGCGUUAGGUCAGUGUUGACCUCUGGAAACUGUUGAGCUUCUGUGACACUUCAUGCUCUUUUGGAAUGAAGCUGCCUUUAUUUAAAAGCCACUUCACAUGAAGAUAGAUACAUGUGAAAAUGCAGGACCUUUAGUUGUCAUAGAAGUAUCUGGAGACUAAUCUUCUGCAAAAAUCAUGUAACCACUAAAUAUGUUCUGAGAAAAUUUCUAUAACCAAGGAAGCUAGAUAAAAUUUUGUGAUAGUGAUUAAGUGCUACCUUAAUGCCUUUUGCUUCACUCCUUACUUCCUUAAUUGUGGUGUUCUUGACUAACCUAAACUUAGUCCUAAAGUCAUCUGGCUUAAAAAAAAAUAAAGAUCCCUUUUAAACCGUUGUUCACUUAAGGCAGAAGAAUAAUUCACCCUUACCCCAAUUUCUUCUUAGGUUUGGAGAGCGACAGCCUUGUUCACUAAAAUCAAGUCUGACGUAGGGAGUGCCUCUCGGGGCGGCUGGCGAUCUGUACUGCCUCACAGGGGAGGCCCAAGUUGGCCGUGCCUUCCUCCCGCCUCCAAACGCUGGCUUCUGGAGCUACCUUCUGGGUAUACCGCAAACGUAAGCCCUUAAAAUUAUUGCUCACCCUUUAAAAUUAUGUCUAUGGGAUCUGCACCUGCCUGGAUGGCGUAUCCCUAUCCAACUCAGAAUUUGGACUGCUCCCGUACAUCUGAAAUACGGUCUCACUAGCCAGAUGGGAAGGAUUCAGAAGGCACUGCUUUCCCCAUAAUAGACUAUACAUAAAACACACUUAAAGGUUAUGCAAUUUCCUAACAUAGUAAUUAUAUAUUGAGCUAAAUAAUAGAGAAGCAAAGAGGGUUUUUUUUGAUCUAAUUGCCUGGCUGCUCUAGUCUCUCAUGCAAGCUGCGGGCGUCUGAGGAAAUUGGGUAACCAGCUGUGACAGCUAACAAAAGGCAGAAAAUUCUCUCUGAGCUGGCAUUUCAUCUUCGACUUGUGUAUCGGGACUGAAUCCACACCCAAGCGCUGUGUGCUCGCCUCGGCUUAGCGGUAGAGCGGAUCACAGCCUUCAUGGGAAAAUGCUAGUGUCGUUCUGAGCAGCCACAGCGGUUUCUUCCCCGAUUCCUCUGCCGUGCAUCACCCUGUAGUCAGCGCAAACAGCAGGAGCUGGAGGCUUAAGUUAACCUGCAGAUAAUCACCUUCAUGAGACGUGACCUGGAGCGGUCCUGCAAGGUGUUGCACAGCGGUGGAGUUGAGACAAGAUGUGUGGACCCUUGCAGGCCCUCCUGGGAGAAGACCGUUCACAGACCUCUUGGUGUCGUUCACACACCUCUCUGUGUGGGGCUACUUGCACAUUCCCUUUUAACCUUUUCAUUCCCAGCGCUUCCCAGGCUCCAGUCUGCUGGCUACUGGUGUAAUACACAGCGGAGCGCUCCAGUUCUUUGCUUACCUGCAUGUCCACUGUAUUUAAUCACAUAUUUAAUAUUGAUGAUCGGCUUGCUUCCUCUUAGAGGGGGAUGUCUGCUGGACUCUGCCUCAUGAAGUCACUGACACCCUGUUUGCAGGUUACCUGCCUCUUCCUGAGCUGUAAGCGCUGUGGCAGCGCCCAGCUCCGGCUCUUCAGUCUGACACUGCCUUACGCUCUUGCUGACACCCUCGCUUCUGCUCUUCUGCACAUAGCUAUUUGUGUAAUAAGCUGGACACCGAGGGCCCCCUUCCCCAAACCCUGGGGUCAAUCAAUGCGGACGCUCUGCCAUUUACCAAAAUAUAAAAAAAAAA